AUGCCAGUACUAGCUGUAUCUUCUGCUGCUGCUGCUGCUGCUGCUGCUGCUGCUGAAACAACUCCUGCUGCUGCUGCUCCAGCAGCAGCAGCAGGAGCAGCAGCAGCAGCAGCAGGAGAGGAAGAAGUAGGAGCAGCACUGAGUCUGCUGCUGCAGCAGAUGAGCAGCAAAUUUGCUGCUAUCAGCAGCAACAUUCUUAAUAGGUUAGAUGAUAUGGGGGCGAAGCUAGACACCCUGGAGCAGCAGCUUGCUGCUAUACUUGACGAGCAGCAGCAGCAGCAGCAGCAGCAGCAGCAGCAGCAGGGGGAGGGGGAGGGGUUGCUGCUGCAGGGAGAAGAUGCAGCAGCUGCAGCAGCAGCAGCUGCAGCAGCAGCAGCUGCAGCAGCAGCAACGAGUGCUGCUGUCGUAGGAAAAAAACAACAGCAGCAAAUGCAGCAGCAGCAGCAACAGAUGCUGCUGCAGCAGCAGCAGCAGCAGCAAAAAAGGGAAGAUGCAGCAGCAGCAACAUCACCGCUAUGA